GGAUGGGGUAGGGGCCACUAUUUAAUGCUCUAACAUGCCCUAUUAAAUAGGCGAUUGUGGAGGUCAGGGGUUGUUUGUUGCUCUCUUUAAAGCUCUUACAUUAGGUGCUGGAGACGUGGGAUGAACAGCUACUACGGCUGACCAUUAUUAGGGCUCUAUAGUUCCCACUCACAAUUGAUAUUCUCUCUGUUUAAACAUACUACGAUACGAUUCUUUUCUUUUGUUCCUCCUUCCUUUCUUCUUUUCCGAUACUUCGUCAUACUCUCCGAACAAAAGCAAAGUAGCAAACUCCAUCUUUUUCUGGCUUUGGUCUUUGCAUCUUGUUUCUGUCUUUCUUGUCUCUGAGCCCAGUUACCUUGGCUCCUAACUGGUCUCUCCUGAAGUCAGUCUCAUCGAGAAGAAAAGGGUCCUGCAAAAUAUUGGGCAUUAUCAUAGCAGUGUUUGAUUGAAAAUAUGAUUGGUUGAAGCGAGAAAAAUUUUUCAAUGCGGUAAAGUAAGUCCAGUUGAACCAUGAAACUAGAGGGAGAACUGGCCUUUUGCCAUCCAAAUAUUGGUCUUAAACCUGAAUCUCAAUCUUUUGAAUUCAAUGACAGUAAUCCAGACUCCAUCCUGUGCAAAUCACUAAGCAAGAAAGUGAACGAAAAUGAGAAAAGGAUCUGCUUUGAUUUAAAGAGUAACGAGGGGAAUUCAAUUCCAACACAAUAUGACAUGGAGGAGGUGGAUGGUUUGAUUGCUUCAAAGCUUGGUUGCCCUACAGGCGUUGUUGAUUUAGAAAAUAAUGUUGAAGCAAAGGUCUGGAACUUUGCUUCGCCUGUCUCUCAUUCUUCCCAAGAUACAGAAGCAUCUAAUGCAAAAAGCUCCCAUGAUGUGUGGAUCCAUGAUUCUCGAGAAGAAUUAGAUUCGUGUGAGAAUUCAGAAGAUACCUAUUCAGAUGAAUGUGUGACAGAAAGCCAACCUGAAUUCAUUGUUUGUUGCAAAGAAAGUAAUUGCCAUUUUAUUAAGGAUAUAUGUGUUGAUGAAGGAGUCCCUCCCAUGGAUAAGGUCCGGUACGGGAAUAGUGCUGAUGAAAAGGAUGUUUCUAAAUUCUUGCCUUUUGACACUUCAAAAACUGAAGUAUCAGAGAAAGACAACGGCGAGAUUGGUGUGCCGUUACUAGACGUUCUAGAUGUAACGAUAAUCAAGGAAUCUGAUAAGUUUCCUCUUAAACAUCAUCAGUCUGAGAAUUUGAUUCAGAGAGAUGAGAAUGCUUCUGAAAAUUUUGCUGAUCAGAACAAAGAAAUGGUUUUACCUGGCGGUCUAAUCUCGUUGCAAGAGAUAGAACCGGAAGCUAGGCCUUGUGAUCCGGGUGAUGAAGUUGAACUCAACCAUGCGGAGGUCUGUAGUGAGCCUGAAUCACUUUCCAAGCAUGAAGAGUCCAAAAACAGAGUUGACGAAACAGUAUUGGCAAACCCUUCAGUCAAUGAAAUGGAUAGGCAUAUCCUUGUCAGGGAUAGCAGCUUUGUUCCUGCAGAUUCUGUGGCUUUUUGUAGUAAAGAGGAAUGCCACCAAGAUGGUCGCUGUGAAUGUGAUGACUUCCAAAAUACAGCUAAGCCUGAAGAUGGGAGGUCCAUUACAAGCCAAGUUUCUCACUGCAAUGGCGAGUCAAGUUUCUCAACUGUAGGCGUAUCUAGUCAUAUAUGUUACUCGGGACCCGUACCCUUUUCCGGCAGCAUUUCGCUUCAAUCGGAUAGCAACGCAACUAGCACACGUUCCUUUGCCUUUCCCAUACUGCAAAAUGAAUGGGAUAGCAGCCCAGUCAGAAUGGCGAAAGCCGACAGAAGACAUCACCGAAGGCAUAGGAGUUGGAAGGAGGGCCUUCUUUGCUGUAGAUUCUGAACAAUUCUCUCUUUUUCCAGGUUUAGGAUCAUGAGAUGUAUAAUAUCAUUGAAACUCAUGUACAUCUCCAAGCUAUUUAUUGUCCAGAAAGGUUAAAAUGGUGAGUUUGUGCUCCUCUCUGCAAGCCAAGCCUUGUUUUCCCC